AUGCCCGGCUCAGUCUAUACGCUUACUUUCUCGACCAAAAAAAAAGCCGAGCCCCUGAAAGAUAUCCACCCGGAGAAUGAAAUCAUCGCACAGAGCAGCAUCACGGCGAGGCAGCUUCUGGCAGUGCUGGCAACGUUCCCCGACGCACUGAGAAAGGGAACGUUUCAUGUAUUGCGCGCUGCAAGCUACGCAGUCUUCUUCCUCUUACGCAUACUCGGAACAGCACCCAGUCAAAUAAUAGACGAAACGGGUGUCAGAAACAUUAUAAGACAGACCUUUACCCUCAUGAGGGACAUCUCUCAAACGGCCAAUGAUCGACGAAAUCAAUGCAUGCGAGUCUGCAGAAUUAUCGAAAAUAUGAUUGACUACGAAGACUGGAACAAAGACACGCCGUUCGUGGGCAAAGCACGGUCCUUUAUGGCUAAUAACUUUGUCGCAGAUGUGGCGGCCAGGGGCAUGAUCAAGGCAAAUCUACGGCAUGCCGCUGCACAAGCCGAACGUGAAGUAGCGACGACAGUCCUUCCGCCGGAGGCGGAGCCACAUUUUGACCUCGACUUCUCGAUAUGGAAUUCGAUGGAAUUUAAUGUGAAUUGGCAGGAUAGUGAUGACUUACUUUUUCUCAGCGAGAACUUCAGUGGACCCUCGUGA